ACCAUACGGGCCGACAAACAGCAGGCUGCGUUGAUAGAAGGAGUGACUAAGGUCCCGAGCUUGAGUUUUCUUCGAUCUUCCCUGUGUGUGGUUACCGAAAGUGCUUCCGACAAUGCAACUGCUUCACGGAUUAAUUCACGACUGAGAAUUACAAUCCUUCCAUUACACUUUUCAUUUUUUCGACAUCAACUUCAUUAAAAAUGCAUGUCAAGAACCUCAACUCAGGUUCUUAAUCGAAUCCAGUCUCUGGGACAGUGUACUUUGCAUGGAGCAAAGAAGACAUAACACAAGACAUGCAGCUGCAUUAGCUGCAGCAGCUGUAAAUUCUGCUGAAUCUUUUGCCCUGUCCUCGCCUUCCCACUCAUCUACCCCCUCGCCCACUGGACACAAGAGUCCGGCAAGUCCCCCGGACAUGACUUCAAAGACAGAAAUGUAUGAUUCUUUCCAGACAUGGGCCUUGAAGACCUACGGAGACAGUGCCAAGACUAAGACAGUGACUAGGAGAAAGUACAAUAGAAUAUUGAAGAUCCUUAAGGGGGAAGAACAGACUAAUGCUGAAAAUUCGAAAUUCCGAUUUUGGGUAAAGGCCAAAGGAUUUCGAGUCGGACCCCCUGCGGGUCACUCGGCGAGUGCCAAAUCGUCGGACCAAGUACUCUACAUUCCAUGCUCGAAAAUUCCAAGCAAUGGAAGUGACAGGAGUGAAAGUGUGGUUUACAAAAAAGUUGCAGUGGUGGAAAAUUUCUACGACAUCAUCUAUGGUGUUCAUGUUGAAAUGGAUGGGCGAGGAGGAAAGCACGCUGGGCAAAAGAGGACAUACAAAGCGAUUGCGGAGAUGUAUUCCUUCCUACCUCGCGAAGCAGUGACCCACUUCUUAAUGUCAUGUACCGACUGCCAGAAGAGAAUGCAUCUCGGGGCGGAGCCGCAGCAGAAGACACCGACGGGUAACCAUGACAACGGACAUCAGCUCGACGAGAGCAUCAGCUCGCUCGACACAACUGCUGGGGACGACACUGACUCACUACACAUUGACUACAGUCUGCCUAUCACAACGACAUACCUCAAACACAUGCGAAGCCUCGGGUAUUCUGAAGAAGAUGCCCUUAAUCCCGACAGAGAGGACUCGGAGGACGUGGAAAGCGAGGUCAGUGAGGAACCCAACACGCCUCUGAAUCCUUCAGCAGCUGGACAUAUGUAUGAUGGCAUUGUCAAAGAAGAAGGUGGAAUCGAAAGUCCUGUAAACCAGGCCCCAGCAGGACCAUCUGGACGAAGACGAGCAGUCGCAAGAUAUCGAAAACAUGAGAAUCAGAUGCAUUGGACGGAAUCUAUGAACGACGAACCAAUCAAUAUGAUUAAAGGAGAUUAUUCCAAUAAUAACCAUGAUCAUUCAUAUGAAAGAGCUGGGAGCCCAUGCAAUGGAUGUGUGAAAAGAGAAGCUUCGAGCACGCCCGAUAACCUUUCAGCAGGAACUAAAGACGAAGACGAUGAAGAUGAUGACGAUGAUUCAGAUAAAAUAGAUAUCAACAAAUAUGAUCCAGAACGACUAAAGGCUUUUAAUAUGUUUGUUCGACUGUUCGUGGAUGAAAAUCUCGAUCGAAUGAUUCCCAUCUCGAGGCAACCCAAGGAUAAAAUUCAAGCAAUUAUCGAUUCCUGCACGAGGCAAUUUCCAGAAUUUGGCGAACGAGCACGGAAAAGGAUUCGAACUUACCUCAAAUCCUGUCGCAGGAAUAAAAGAACAAGAGAGAGUACAAAUUGGGAACUUGGAAGAAAUACGCAACCACAUUUAACAUCUGCCCUUGCAGAGCAAAUAUUAGCCAAUGCUUGCGAAAACGAAAGCCAAAACGCAAAGAGGAUGCGGUUGGGACUUAAACCUAUAGCUGCUGAAAUAGAAAGAACGUCUCGCAGUCCACCUAAUGAAAACAUUCUUCAAUCCACUCUGCGUCAUGGCAAAUCCCAAGUUUCUAGUCUUCUGAAUGGGAGUUCUCCAACUUAUACUUCAGCUUACCGUUUAGUGCCAAAUACGACCACUAAUGGUCACACGAGUUCCAUAACUAGUGUUAGUAAUGGACCAACUGACCUCAGUAUGAAGAAAAGUACAAGCAACCAGUUGGGCAGCCCAGUGAAACAUUCCCUAAAUCCAAGUGAAGUUAUUGCAGUUAAACAAUUAAUCGCUGGUUACAGGGAAUCAGCUGCAUUUUUGCUGCGCUCUGCCGAUGAGCUAGAGCAGCUUUUGUUGCAACAAAACUGAACAUUCCAAUCAGCAAUUCUGCACUUUUCAAGGCAACGGUGGCCUUCAAGUACUAUUUUUGUUCAUGUGGUAGAUAAGCUGAAUUUGUAUCUUUUGAAGUGGAACUCAGUGGCUGAAUUACAAUCUCAUGCCUUCAAGGAAUUUUAAAGAUCAAAUCAUAUUCUUUCCAUAAUCAAUCGUAUUUUCUAAAUCCACAUUUUGAAGUCUAGAUCUGUUCUUAAUUUUGAGCGCAGUCAAAUGUUUGCUCUAGACACAUUUUAAAGAUAUUUUCAU